UAGCCCUCAUGUAUUUCUCACGCUCCUCAACAAAUGCCUGGAACAAAGCUACUUCCCAAAGGCCUGGAAGGAAGCUACCGUGGUGGUGUUGCGGAAGCCGGGUAAAGACUCAUACACAAACCACAAGUCGUAUAGACCAAUCGGUUUGCUCUCAAUACUGGGCAAAAUAUACGAAAAAAUGCUGAUGUCACGCGUGAAAUACCAUCUGAUCCCAAGGACAAGUACAAGGCAGUUCGGGUUCAUGCCACAAAGGAGCACCGAGGACUCCCUCUAUACCAUGAUGCAACAUAUUUCUAACAAACUAAAGGAAAAGAAAAUAGUAACGUUGGUGUCAUUAGAUAUAGAGGGAGCCUUUGAUUGCGCCUGGUGGCCUGCCAUCAGAGUCCGAUUAGCCCAGGAAAACUGUCCACUGAACCUGCGGAAAGUACUAGACAGCUAUCUCACGGAUAGAAAAGUCCGAGUGAGAUACGCAGGGGAAGAGCACAGCGUGAAUACCAGCAAAGGCUGUGUGCAGGGCUCAAUCGGUGGUCCUGUGCUGUGGAACCUCUUGUUGGACCCACUCCUGAAGAGUCUGGACACCCAAAAAGUGUACUGUCAGGCAUUCGCAGACGAUGUUGUCCUUGUUUUCGACGGAGACACGGCGUUAGAAAUUGAAAACCGGGCCAAUGCGGCUCUCGAACAUGUUCAGAAAUGGGGUAUCAGUAACAAACUGAAGUUCGCACCACAGAAAACUAAAGCUAUGAUUAUCACAAGGAGAUUGAAAUAUGAUAUCCCACGGCUGAACAUGGGCGGGACAGUCAUUCCCAUGUCAGAUGACAUUAAGAUUCUAGGGGUAACCGUCGACAACAAGUUGACAUUUAAUGCGCACGUCUCGAAUGUUUGCAGAAGGGCGAUUGAGGUGUAUAAACAACUGGCCAGAGCAGCCAAGGCCAGUUGGGGUCUACACCCCGAGGUCAUUAAAUUAAUAUAUACCGCCACCAUAGAGCCCAUAGUCUUGUACGCCGCCAGUGUAUGGGCGCCGGCAGUCGCCAAAUUGGGCGUAAUUAAACAACUAGCCGCUGUGCAGAGGGGAAUUGCACAAAAGGUGUGCAAAGCGUAUCGCACCGUAUCUCUCAAUUCAGCUUUGAUCCUGGCGGGUAUGCUCCCCCUAGACCUCCGAGUUCGUGAGGCGGCCUCAUUAUACGAAGCCAAGAAGGGACAACUGCUGCCGGGACUGGCUGACGCGGAGAUAGAACAAAUGACGCCUUUUGCAGAGAUGCCACACCCCGUGGAACGUGCGGAUCUACGGAUAGUCUGCUUGGAGGACCAAGAACAAGUCGACGGUAACAGCGACUUCAACGAGUGUAUUUUUACAGAUGGUAGUAAAAUCGGAGGCAAAGUGGGAGCCGCGCUGUCGAUUUGGAAAGGGGACACCGAGACUAAGACCCGCAAACUUGCCCUAUCAAACUACUGCACGGUGUACCAGGCAGAGCUGCUGGCGCUGUGUGUGGCGACGUCGGAAGUCAGGAAGAGUGGAAGCAAAUCUUUUGGAGUCUAUAGCGAUUCCAUGUCGGCCCUCCAAACCGUAGCAAAUUAUGAUAGCCCCCAUCCACUGGCAGUCGAAGCAAGACAAAAUAUUAAAGACUCGUUACUCCAAGACAAGACUGUCACCUUGCAUUGGAUAAAAGCUCACGCAGGGCUGAAGGGUAAUGAGAGAGCCGACGGACUUGCAAAGGAAGCCGCUGAAAACUCCAGAAAAAGACCAGACUACGAUCGCUGCCCGAUCUCAUUCGUCAAGCGAAGCCUACGAAUGACCACGCUUGAGGAAUGGAACCGGCGCUAUACAACUGGCGAGACGGCAUCCGUCACCAAGUUGUUUUUCCCAGAUGCACUGGUGGCGUACGGGAUAGUGAAAAAGAUUGAGCCCAGCAACAUACUCACGCAAAUCAUGACGGGGCAUGGCGGGUUCUCGGAAUACUUAUGUCGAUUUAAGUGUAAAGAGAGCCCGUCAUGCAUCUGCGACCCAACAAUGAAAGAAACUGUUCCUCAUGUAUUAGUGGAGUGUCCCAUCUUUGCACGGGCUAGAUACGAUAUCGAGCAAAAGUUGAACGUGAAAGUUAGACUCGACACAUUGCAUGAAAUAAUAGUAGACACGAAUAGAAAACAGUUCUUGAAAUACUGCAUAGAUAUUAUAGAAAUACCGCCAUCUACAUACUCGUGUAGGAAGAACGGCGGUUGCUGCUCAUCCGGGACGGACUUCAGACCGGCAGACUACCACCCUGGGGGACAGGUGUUCCGGAACAGUGCCGCACCACCGCGCGCGCGCACCCGAAAAGCACAGGCGCGGUGCUCUGUCAACAGGGAGGUGCCAUCCAGAAACCACGCCCUGAGCAUACCCUUCCUCACCGACUAG